AUGGAAGGAUUUGUGGACGAUCUACGACAAUGGGUGGACGCCACCGAGGCUGAAUUGAAUGGAGGGGAAGAGAUACCUGUUACGAAGUACUUGAUCGCAGAUUUAGCUCUAACUAAGGCCUAUAGAUUCCUUGAGAGUGAAAAAGCUAGCCAUUGGUUUGAAAAAAGCGCAAACGAUUGGUUCCCGAUUGGUAAUCUAGUAGCUAGAGCAAAAGUGUUGGGUUACUCAGGCAUGAACAUACCGAACCUGGCCGGAAUCAAAGGGGAGCCCGAUGAGAAGAAUUUCCUGCAGAUGAAGCCAAUUACUGGACUGAGCGGAUGGCCGGAAGUUAUACGCAGAGCCGUUGAGUCGUGGAAGCAGGCUCCAAAACGACGACAACAUAACACAAGAUCAGGGGCGCAACAUUCGGUUCAGGAGGUGUUUGACGGUCUCGGGAUAGAUGCGCAUGUGGAGCUGGAACGGCGAAUCGCCUUUGUUAUCAAUCUGGAUUUCGGAGCAUGGUGGCUAGCAUGGACGAGAGAGGAGGCCUGCGGGUUCCCAGACUCUCUGAGGGACCUCCAAACCGUUGUGCCAAGUAUUUCUUCCGGACUGUCUGAGGACUACGAACCAAAGAAGUGGGCUCUGAGCGGACAUGUCAUGGCGCUGAUCUCGCCAGUCGCAAUCUUGUUGCCAAAAUCGUUGAGGAAUGAUAGCCUUCACCGAGGUACUCUGCUGCAUAAGUCUUAUGUCCUGGGGAUGAAAGAACGCCCAGACAGUCUGGCUGCAGUAGAGAAGUUCUUGUGGGAAAGGAUCGAUAAAAUGUCCAGAGGGCUAAUGACAUCGGAGGAACUACUUCAAGAUUUGGCAGAAUACGAUGGCUGGAAAAAUGUGCCAGAGGAUGAGUCGUUGUUUUUCGUGGAUAAACAGUCGUCGGAGAAUUUGGCACCUAACGCUCCUCUUGGGGUUCCUCUCCCUCUAAUCGAUGAGAGCGGCGCGUCUUGCGAAGGUCAAGGUAACAUUCAAACGGGUGACGAGACUAUGGAGCCUGAAGGAGAGAACCACAACGAGGAAUCCUUGCCCGGGAGGUCACUCCCCAGCGUGGAACAGGAACAUAACGGAGAAAUUAUUGUUGGAGAUCUGCCGUCAGUCAGCGACGGCGAAAUGGUGUCUGGACAAGAAGCCUGCGGUGCAGCUUCCACAGGAGAAGCCCGCAUUGAAAAGCAGGGUGGACCUGUGAAACCUGAAACAGAUUCACUGGGGGACCUUGACGAGGAACACUUACCAGUCAUCGGAAAUUCGCCCCCGCUGGUGGAGGAGCGUGAUGGAGAAACAGGCCAGAGAACAAAAACGAUAGCGGUGAAUAACAUACUCAACAUGAUAGCCGAGUCAUAUGGUGAUCUUGGAGAGGAUACGGAUGAGUCAGUCAGUUCCAAAUCUGAAGGGUCCGGUCAAGAAGGAGCGCAUAUGUCAGCUGUGACCUCUGGACCUAAUUUUAAUCAUCUCUCGCCAGUGCCUGAGGGGAACAGGAUAACGGGAAAGGAUGCGGGUGAGCAGUGCAAGACGUCGCGUCUUCUGGGACCUUCUUUCGACCAGAAGAGACCAGGCACACCCGAUAUGAUCGAUGUGGAUAAUGGUACUCCUGCUUCUUCGGGUCGUCCGGCACACUCCUUUACAUCUAUCAGCAAGCCUAGUCCGUCUGACCACAGGGAAUAUCAAGAGGGCCGUUCAGAUUUGGAAAAUGCAGCGGAAGGAAUGAGUUCGGGGGAGGAUGAGCUCUCAUCUGUAGAUGAAUCCGUCAUUGAACCUACCAAGCCCCCUGGAAGAUCCUUACGUGAGAGGAAGAUGCGAGUGGAAGUUCAAAUAGAUGGUAGCCAGUCUGGCAGGAAGCGUCAGCAUUCAUCUAACCACGAAGGAACGAGAAAACGGAGGAAGACCUCACAUCGCAUUCCUCGGGCCAAACCAGUGGAGAAAGCGGUAAGUACACCAACGGAGCCGAAUAACGCGAAGAAGGAGGAAGAGGUAGCUACGAUGGAGAGAUUCAAAGCCAAGGAUGCACGGCGAGUGUUUGUGAUUCAAGCCAAACAGAGGCUUCUGCAAAAGGACGUUGUUCAUGUCUUUGAUGUGGACGCAACGUGGUUUAUCAAAAUCAGAAUGAAGGCUUUCGACCUAACGGACUUGGAGUUGUUCAAACGGGCGAUGGAAAAAUGCGCCGAGCAACAAUUGAUUGACGGGAUAGUUGCUAAAGAUGCCAAAGAAAAGUGGACGAAUGUCAAACUAGGGGAAUUGACAGAGAACAAGGAGGCGAAAGGUGUGCCGACAGACUUUCCGUGCAAAAUCCUGACAGCCUCGGAAUGGAGAUCGCUAAGUCUUGGUGAGAUUGGUGAGAUAGUGAGUCAGUCGCCUGUGUUGAUUAGGGGUGAGGAAGGUUUGGAGUUUGGAGAAGCAGCAGCAGAGGAAAAACUUGGAGACGUGGAUAUGAUGAGAACGGUGCACGGUAACCAUUUUGCUGCUCUUCAUUUUGUUGCCCUGUAUGACAUCGGACAUCUUUUGUUGUGCAGAUAA